AUGGACAAAGAAACUCAAAUAUUUUCCGGAUACACCGAACUGUCACUCGAUCGUAGCACAGAAUUCAAUCCGCGUGUUAUUUUCUUGAAUGCACGGGAAAUGCAGAUCGAAAAGGUACUUAUUAACAAGAUGGAAGAGGUGAAAUUCGAUUACAUCGACACUCACGCAGCUCUUGAAAUGAAAGCAGGAGCAUCAGGACCAUUGGUCCGAGAUUCUUCACAUUUUGCUCGUGUUUGCAAAGAUGUUCUUGAUUCUCCCGAGCUUGUUAUCCAAUGCAAUCGGGAACUUCCAUACGUCCUUAGCAUCUUUUUCACAAUAAACAAAGAUUCAACAGCAAUUGUUCGUAAAGACGGUAUUAUCUGGACAAAUAACCUUCUAGAUGGUCCAUCAGCAUGGUUCCCAUGCAUAGAUGGUCUCGGACAGCGCACACAUUACUCUCUAGACAUAACUUUUCCAAAAACUUAUAUUUGUGUUGGUCCUGGCAAGGAUCAGCUCGUUGCAACAGAUGAAUCAGAAGAUACAAACACAGUACGUUUCGCAAUCCCCUUCACUGUCCAGCCAAAAGCCAUUGGAUUCGCUUUAGGAGAUUUUAAAUCGACAUCUGUCAUAAAUCAGAGCGAAAUAUCGAUUCAAUACUACUCCAAAACCAACGACGAAAGCUUCUCACAUACCAUGGCUCCAUUUCCAGAGCUUCUUGCCGAAAUUGCCGAACAAUUUCUUGAUCAAGACAACAUCAUCACUUCCCUCUCAGUUGUUUACGUUCCAAGCUUACAGGAAAUACACUCAUUCCCAGGCCUCAUACUCUAUCCAUCCAACUACGUUGUUUCAGACGGAAAUGCCGCAGUUUGGGUCCAAAUUGUUCCAAGGAUUUACGAGGCCCUGAUUGGCCAGUUCGUCUACUUCCUUCUUCCAGUCAUAAAACCAGACGAAGAGUGGAUCCAGCAUGGUUUGGUCAGGUAUUUCGCGGAUUUCUUCUGCGGCAACCGCUACAAGACAAGCUUUUCACUCGAGAGGCGCUGGAAUGACAUGAACUACCUCGCAGCGGAGGAUAUCCACCCGUCAGUUGUCCUCAGCGCGUUGGAUCCAGCAACUGGGUACCCAUUUAGGGACGAAUACCUCAGAAUCAAGGCAAAACUUCUCAUAAAUAUGUUAGCGACAAGCAUGAACAACGAUUCUACACUACUAUUAUUACUUCGACCUACUUUGAAAAAUUCUCUUUCAAAUUCAAGCGGAACAGCCGACAAAUUCGAAAAGAGUGUACAGCAAUUCUGCUCCCUGAUCAAUUUCAGGAACUUCAAAGCUCAGUGGCUCGCCAAAAACGGAAUUCCUUAUUUCACUUUCAAUUUCCAAGCAGAUGCACGUAACAGACAGAUGAAAUUCGUUCUAUACCAGACACCAUCGUGCAAGACCACAGAAGCCGACAUCUUCACCGGCCAUCUUCUUGUCCAAUUGCGAGAUCUCGAACAACCACACGAAUUCAAGUUCCCUGUCGAAACACAGCUUGUCCAGCAGCAGAUGAAGUACUACGCCCACAAGCCAAAGAAGAAAAAGACAAAGUACGAGUUCGUGAACGGCGAGCAAGUUGAAAUUUCUAUCCACCACUCCAUUCUCUGGGUUGCGAUUGAUCCAGACCACACCUGGCUGAUGAGAGUCCGUCCCCGCCUUCCCCAGUUCAUGGUGCACAACAUGCUCGACCUUGUGCGCGAUGUUUAUUCGCAGCAUGAGACAUUAUCAUCACUGGAAGAGUGGAUAAAGAACAAAGACCCUCAACAGUGGCUGAAGAGUUUCCUUGAGAACAACAAGAUCUUCUACGGUGUCAGAGGACACGCAGCGAGAACACUGGCUCUGUUUGCCACUCCUGAUGAUGUAGAGAACACAAACAUGAGUACACUGAUUUCCUGGUACAAAGCAGAGUUCUUUUCCAACGACAAACCGAAACAGAACAACUUCCAAGACUUGCAGAAACACUUCGUACAGCUAGAAGUGAUCAAAUCAAUGUCAGUCAUCAGGAACAACCAGGGCUACACUCCGAGAGAGAUUGCAGAAUUAUUAAUCCAGAUUCUCGACCAAAACGACAACAACGGAAAUCAGUACUCCGACGACAACUUCAGAGUGGAAAUUGCUCUGGCUCUUGGAAGAGUCUUUUCGGACAACGCUGACAUAAUGAAGAGAGUGGAGCAGAUACUUGUUAGCAGAGUUAGAGGAAGCCACACAAAUGGCGGAUUCUGCAACCAUCUCUUCUCUGCGUUCUACACUGCAAUCACUUCUGUUUUGCUGAAGAAAUACGAUCCAGAGAAUCCAAAUGGAAUAAUCAGCUCGGAAGACCACAAACUGACUGUUGACGAGAUCAGAAUGAUUAUAUUCGAUGACUCACCGUAUUUGGAGUGCAAGGGAACUCUGUUCAAGUGUUUGCUGUUCUUCGCAUUGAUGGAUUACAAAAUUUCUUUCUCUCAGCUGUUUUCUGACGUCAAAAAACUCGCUUCUUCCAAUGACAAGAAGGAUGUUGCUGCUGUCUGUCUGAAGGAGAUGUACAGGUUUGUGUUAAACACUCUUCCAAUUGGAGCGAAAGACAAGUUCGAGUGCUACCUUUUCUUCAGACCGAACAAGAUGACGAAGGAGGAAGUGAUAAAGAGAAUGACAAUGAGAGAGAAAUCACUGGAAAUUGCUGAAACAAUGUGGUCUAUAAUGACUGUUGAUGCAAAAUACCACUCUGUACUUAGAUCAGAAGCACUCAGAGCGUACACAACUUUGUACGGAAAGGACACACCACUGCCUUUCUUGGAGAGAGAAGUGAAGAAACCUGAGGAAAUUUUCGCUUCUUCUGGAUACUCAAAGACAAUGUUCAAGAUUGAGAUGAAGAGACAAAGAGAACAAAUGGACAAACAAUUGCCAAAGGUAGGAAAUGGUACAGAACCUCCAUUCAAUAAUAGACCAAUGUUUUAA